AUGUCAUCGGUGCAGCGGCUGCACCACCAAACUGAUGCGCCUACCGGGACGGGACAGGGUGAGAGAGGACAGGACGGGACAGGAUGGGACGGGGUGAGAGAGGGUGGGACAAGAGAGGACGGGGCGGGAAAGGACGGGACAGGACAGGAGAGGAUGGGACGGGUUCAAUCUAGAAACCUGAGUCUACCAGCGAACCAGUGCAACCCUGGCUCUCCAACUCCGUCCACAUCAGCCAACAGUUCUUUUGCACAACCACCCAACCACCCGCACAUCCACCCAACCACCCGCACAUCCACCCAAACACCCGCACAACCAUCCAACCACCAGUACAUCCACCCAACCACUCUCCCGCACAACCACCCAACCACCCGCACAUCCACCCAACCACUCUCCCGCACAACCACCCAACCACCCGCACAACCACCCAACCACUCUCCCGCACAACCACCCAACCACCCGCACAUCCACCCAACCACUCUCCCGCACAACCACCCAACCACCCGCACAUCCACCCAACCACUCUCCCGCACAACCACCCAACCACCCGCACAUCCACCCAACCACUCUCCCGCACAACCACCCAACCACUCUCCAGCACAACCACCCAACCACCCGCACAACCACCCAACCACUCUCCCGCACAACCACCCAACCACUCUCCCGCACAACCACCCAACCACUCUCCAGCACAACCACCCAACCACUCUCCCGCACAACCACCCAACCACUCUCCCGCACAACCACCCAACCACCCGCACAACCACCCAACCACUCUCCCGCACAACCACCCAACCACUCUCCCGCACAACCACCCAACCACUCUCCAGCACAACCACCCAACCACUCUCCCGCACAACCACCCAACCACCCGCACAACCACCCAACCACUCUCCCGCACAACCACCCAACCACUCUCCCGCACAACCACCCAACCACCCGCACAUCCACUCAAACACCCGCACAACCACCCAACCACCCGCACAUCCACCCAACCACCCGCACAUCCACUCAAACACCCGCACAACCACCCAACCACCCGCACAUCCACCCAACCACCCGCACAACCACCCAAACACCCGCACAACCACCCAAACACCCGCACAACCACCCAACCACUCUCCCGCACAACCACCCAACCACCCGCACAUCCACCCAAACACCCGCACAACCACCCAAACACCCGCACAACCACCCAACCACUCUCCCGCACAACCACCCAACCACCCGCACAACCACCCAAACACCCACACAACCACCCAAACACCGCACAACCACCCAAACACCCAACCACCCGCACAACCACCCAACCACCCGCACAUCCACCCAAACACCCACACAACCACCCAAACACCCGCACAACCACCCAAACACCCAACCACCCGCACAACCACCCAACCACCCGCACAUCCACCCAAACACCCACACAACCACCCAAACACCCGCACAACCACCCAAACACCCAACCACCCGCACAACCACCCAACCACCCGCACAUCCACCCAAACACCCACACAACCACCCAAACACCCGCACAACCACCCAAACACCCAACCACCCGCACAACCACCCAACCACCCGCACAUCCACCCAAACACCCACACAACCACCCAAACACCCGCACAACCACCCAAACACCCAACCACCCGCACAACCACCCAAACACCCGCACAUCCACCCAAACACCCGCACAACCACCCAAACACCCACACAACCACCGUCCCAAACAAACAUACACCUGCACAACCACCCAAACACCCGCACAACCAUCCAACCAACCACCCAACCACCCGCACAACCACCCAACCACCCGCACAACCAUGCAACCACCAGUACAUCCACCCUCCUGCACAAACAUCCACCCGCACAACCCCAUAA